AUGUCGCAAUCCGCUCUCCUCAUCGGAGAAAUUACACACGCGCGCAAAGAAUGGGAGAGCAUCUCUUCCCUUCUGAGCUUGAAGGUAAAUCGCAUUGCGCAUUGCGACGUGGAUGAUGGACAGUCGCUGACAGGAGCGCAGGAAUUCCCCAGCGGGACCAGAGAGGAGUUCAUUGCGAACUGCAAGGCCGGACAGUAUGAUGAUGUGGUGGCUCUCUACCGGUCCAACAAUUCCACCAAGUUCACCGGCUCCUUCAAUGCAGAGAUGGUUGCUGUUUUGCCCAAGUCUUUGAAGUAUAUCUGUCACAAUGGUGCAGGGUACGAUAACAUCGAUGUCGCAGCUUGCUCCGAGAGAAACAUUGCCGUAUCCAGCACCCCCGUUGCAGUCAAUGAUGCGACAGCCGACGUGGGUAUUUUCCUAAUGAUUGGAGCUCUGCGCCAAGCUCACGUCCCGAUCACUGCACUCCGCGAAGGAAAGUGGCAAGGCCCGAUCACCGCUGCCGGACGGGAAUACCGAACCUCCUUGGGCCACGAUCCCAAGAACAAGGUCCUGGGAAUUUUGGGUAUGGGAGGUAUUGGCCGGGAAAUGGCUAUCCGAGCCAAGGCCUUCGGAAUGAAGAUUCAAUACCACAACCGAUCCCGUCUCCCGGCGGACUUGGAAGCCGGUGCGACAUAUGUCUCCUUCGAUGAGCUACUGGCAAAUGCAGACGUGCUGAGUCUGAAUCUUGCCUUGAACGCAUCAACACGCCACAUCAUUGGCGCGAAAGAGUUCGCUAAGAUGAAGGAUGGUGUGGUGGUUGUUAACACAGCACGAGGUGCACUCAUCGAUGAGAAGGCGUUGGUUGCUGCGCUUGAAUCUGGAAAGGUCCGCUCUGCUGGCUUGGAUGUGUAUGAAUGCGAGCCCCAAAUCGAGCCCGGCUUGGUUAGCAACCCUAAUGUGAUGCUUCUGCCUCAUAUCGGUACUGCUACCUAUGAGACACAGAAGGAUAUGGAGAUCCUGGUUUUGGAUAACUUGCGAUCGGCUGUUGAGAAGGGAGAGCUGAUUACGCAGGUUCCUGAGCAAAAGAAGUAG